UCUGCACAUGCGCAGUUUGCGCACAAGAAAAUAAACAUGGCGGCCAAACCAUCAAGAGAGCAGCAAAUGAGUGAAAUGGAAAUUAUAUCAAAGUUCCAACAAAUGAGAGGCGACCAGCGGAAACUGAUCAACAAACUAUCAGAACUUGAGAGCGACAAGAAUGAGCAUAGAUUGGUCAUUCAAACGCUCAAAGUGGCCCCACCCGAAAGACGGUGUUUUCGUAUGAUGGGCGGAGUCUUGAUAGAGAGAACCGUCAAAGAGAUACUCCCAACACUAGAGGAGAAUAUGGAACAGUUAGGUAAAGUAGUUGAGACGUUAAAGGUACAGGUUGAAGAGAAAGGAAAAGAGUUGAACGCGUUUAGAGAGAAGUAUAAUAUUCGUUUCCAUGGUGAGGCGGAUAAGAAGGUUAAUGGGGGCGGGGCCAAGAGCUCAAAGGAAUCAGAACAAUCUCAAGGAAUCCUUGUAUCCUAGCAACCACUCGUUAAUUAAUAAUCAUUAAUUAUAAUCAUUAUUUUACUUUAUUGUGA